AUGGUAUUGCCACGACUGAAGUGCGAUUCGACGCAUAUGGGCUACAGGUUCCUGCACAAGAGGAUCAGUAUGGGACACAAGGGCACUCGAAGACAGGGCAAAGAGAUGAUACUGCAUGUCAUUUGUCCUGUUCAACCCAUGUUUUUAACUCUUUACCAGUCUGAUGUUACACUCUGGCUCGUGCUGACCAUGCCAGUCAACGUGAAUGCAACGCCACUGGCCAUCUCCCGGAGUAUAUUACAAUCUGAAGAGAACUCGCCAUUCGCCCGCAUUGUGACACAGCCACAGGGGAUGCGUAUGGACGAUGCAUGGAGAAGAGACGCACCAGCGUGA